AUGGUCACCCCCAUGGUGCAGAACGUACUCCCGCACCGUGACCCCAUGGUCACCCCCAUGGUGCAGAACGUUCACCCGCACCUAGCGGUACGACAAGUUGGGAGAAACCUCCCAAACGAGCCGCCCAUUGGCUCUAUCAGCAAAAAGCUAGACGACAUGCUCUCCACGCCUUUCUGCUCUCAUAUCAUUCAUUACGAGCCCCCAAGGGGAUUCCUCAUACCAAAAUUCUCCACAUACGAUGGGUCCAGCGACCCCUUCGACCAUAUCAUGCAUUAUCGACAACUCAUGACUCUCGAUAUAGGCAACGAUCAGCUACUAUGCAAAGUAUUGCCCGCCAGCCUACAAAGUCAAGCUCUCUCAUGGUUCCAUCGCCUACCUCCCAAUUCUGUUGAUAAUUUCAGAGACCUAUCAGAAGCCUUCGUGGGACAAUACUUAUGCUCCGCUCGACAUAAGCAGAAUAUCAGCACUUUGCAAAACAUAAAAAUGCAAGAUAACGAAUCCUUAAGGGAGUUCGUGAAGCGGUUCGGUCAGGCCGUAUUACAGGUAGAGGCUUAUAGCAUGGACAUUGUCCUACAAAUCUUCAAGCGAAGCAUCUGUCCAGGCACUCCAUUUUUCGAAUCACUCGCUAAAAAGCCUCCUACGACGAUGGACGACUUAUUCCAACACGCGAGCAAAUACUUAAUGCUCGAAGAUGACGUACGAGCAGCCACCCAGCAAGUCUUGGUUGCCGGACAGGCAUCCAGAGGGGGUGCCCAAAGAAAUGCCAAACUUCCGGAUCGGCCAAGGCCGUCCGAUCGAAGGCAGGAAGGGUCAAGUCGCCCGGAAAUGCCACCCCUCACACCCCUUUCCAUAUCUUAUGAGAAGCUCCUCCCUGUAAUCCAAAGCAUGUCCGACUUCAGGUGGCCUAGACCCCUUGGAACGGACCCAUCCAAAUGUGAUCAUAGUAAAAAGUGCGCCUUCCAUAAGGAGCAUGGUCGCACAACGGAGGAGUGCAGAUGCCUCCAUUAUUUGGUCAAAAAGCUCAUAAAGGCGGGACAUUUAAAGCAAUACCUCUGCUCAGAUACCAGAGGUAGAGACGCUUCCCGAAAUCACAACCCAAAAGCCCCCAAGGCCCCAGCCACCCCCAAAGCCGUUAUAAACUAUAUUAACGGAGGCCCAUCUAACGAGGAGCAUGACUCCAAACGAAAGAGACAGAGAUUGUUGCGGGAAGCGUUAGUGCAUGGGACAAUCAUUUUCCUACCAGUAGACCCCACCCAGAUAUUGCAGCCGCACCGCGACGCCCUCAUUCUGUCCCUGGAAAUGGGAAAUUUUGACGUGAGACGCAUCCUGGUUGACCCGGGUAGCUCGGCCGAUCUUGUACAAGCAUCGGUCAUUAGCCACAUGGGACACAGUCUCACAGGCCUCGAAAAUCCUGGGCGAAUCUUAUCCAGAUUCAACGGGGCAUCAACUACUUUCCUGGGAGAUAUUGUACUGUCGGUCCAAGUUGGCCCAGUCACUCUCAACAUGCAAUUUUCAGUAGUACAAGAUUUAUCACCCUUCAAUGUCAUCUUGGGGCGCACAUGGCUACAUUACAUGAAAGCCAUCCCUUCUACGUAUCAUCAAAUGGUAAGCUUCCUUACCAAAGAUGGACAAAUCAACCUAUACGACAGCCAAUUAGCCGCUCGCCAAUGCUACCAGAUAGCGCGAGAAGCAGGGACCAGCCAGGAGGAUAAACCCCUCCCUGAGCCCACCCAUGCACUUGACCAAUAG